UUGCCGCGCGGUGACUAAUAGCAGAAUAACAUUGUCUCGGGAUAAAAUAGCGCCGGGGCUGUUUACCCGCUCCAUGGGGGUUCGCUAUAAAAGGGCGCCGGGGACCGCCGCGCCAGCCAGACGCGCCGGGGAGCACCGAGCCGCUGCCAGCCCCCGCGCUGCGCCCCGGGCACGGCACACGGCUGCUCGUCCCGCCGCCGGCACAGCCCGUCCCCGCUUUUUUCUCUUUUAUUAGUUUCCCCCCCUCUUUUUUAUUUUAUUUUAUAUUUUUUUUUCCCCGCCCGCUCUCCGCCGCCUGCUAUGGAUUACUCCCAGAUGCUCGUCUCGCUGCUCUUCGUGCUGUGCCCGGGGCUGCUGCCGGCAGCCCCCGCAGCCCCUGCAGCCGAAGCGGGCGCCCUGCCGCCCCCCGCCGCCGCGCACCGCCGCGCCCGGCGCUGCUCCUGCUCCUCGCUGCUGGACGAGGAGUGCGUCUACUUCUGCCACCUCGACAUCAUCUGGAUCAACACCCCCGAGAAGACUGUUCCAUAUGGUCUCGGAGGCCCUUCUCGAUCCAGAAGAUCGCUGAAGGACAUGGUGCCGGAGAUGCUCGCUGAACCUAGCAGCAGAUGCCGAUGUGCCAACCAGAAGGACAAGAAAUGUCUGAACUUCUGCCAGACAGGAAAAGAUCUCUGGGCUCAGUCCACGGUGGAGAAAACCUCACGUCACCGCACCAAAGCUGGCAAUUGCAUUGGACCCAAAUGCAUGAACCGACAGCUCGUUGACAGCAAGAAAAUGAAGCGGCUGGAAGCCAUUGGGAACAGUAUCAAAGCUUCCUUCAGUAUCGCAAAGCUGAAGGCUGAGCUCCAGAAAGGGCGGAAGCUGAAACAUAACAGGGCGAACAAAAGGCAAAGCAUUUGGGAAAGCCUGAAAGCAUCCUAGUGGGAAGAUCUUUCCAAAUCUUUCUCAUCACACUUGCUGACAAAGCGUCACCAAAACUCUCUUGACUUCUAACAUUCCACGAUGGCGAAGGGCCUCUCUGUCCAAGUGUUUGCACAGCAGAGCAAAACACUAAGGAAGUCCUGCAUUUGGAGGUAUAAAAGGAAAGGAUUUCAUCAUUUUGGAGUUCAGAUGGAUGGAUAGAGGGGACGAAGGGGAAUCGGGAGUAACAUACAUGAAAAGCCAUCUUUCUGAGGAAACACUUAAAUAUUGCUUCUGGAAUGUUAUCCAUCAAUUGAGCAGCUUUCAGGGUCUACAUCAAAAGCGUCUUGCAAGGAAGACCUCACAGAUGUGCUUAGAAAGGACAGAAAGCAAGAUCUGAGUGGACAAACUUCAAAGCGAAAAACUGUACCUUCUGAUUAAAAUGCAAAAAUGAAAAAGCCACAGUGCUACUUUUAUCAGGACUUACUGCAUAUAUACAUGUCUACCUCGCAUACUGUUUGUUGCACUCCUGCUAGAGUAUUUUUACACCUUGUUAUUGCCUUUACUAAUCAGCUGCAACCCUUUGCCUUUUUUCAGAUUCCUAGUUUACUUGUACAACCAGAGUUAUCUGAAUGUGGGUUAGACAUUGUGGUUGUUUGCAUAGUCAAUGUCCUUUGUGUUUGGAUACCAAAGGACUCUUCAACAGAAAAUAAAAGUUAGAGGACACUACUAGGUUUCCCAUAACAAGGAUAUUUGGCUAAGUGAAGCUCUAAUAAUAGAAAUUGUUGUGUCUUACAUGCCACCAAAAAUGCACUGAAGUAGGGGCGAACCAGAGGCUGUUGUGAGAUUUAUUCAGUGCCUUGUACAUCGAGACAAAGGGUUGUUUUGAAUUAUGUCAAAAGGCUAAUAUUGGGUGAAUGUUUAUAGCAGUGAAUUUAUUCACGUUGUUGAAUUUGCUGAAAGGUUGAAUCUUAUGUGCUUUUUUUUGUUUUGUAUUUAUAUUCACACAAGUUCUUCAUUAUAUUUACCAUGUUGAAUACCCAUUAAAGUAGGCCAUAUUGGUCUAUGCAUGUCUUAUGUAUUUCUGUAUGAAAUUGGGAAAUGCUUUAUGCCUAUCGAGGUAAAUAUCUUCAGAAAUAAAUAUUUUUAAUUACUGUA